AAGGAGGCAGCCAAUUAGCAAAAGUAUGGUGCAUUUGUAGUGAAAGUCGUCCGUCCUGGAAUCCCGCCGUCAAGUAUCCUGCUGUCACGGUUGGGCAUCAACCUUUAAGUUCUCAUCUCGUUGCAAAAGCCUUUCUUCUCUCCUCUAAUACACAACUUUGCUAGCGGCUGGCAUAGAUUUGUUUGAUUAUUGUAGUCGCCGUCUCUGCAUUUUCUGCUACUAUAAAGGCAAAAAAUAUCGACCAGUCGCUAUGCUCAGGCACAAUUAAACUCCCCUAGAUUCGUCAACCAUCAAGCCAACACCAUUUUUAAACAAUAUACAUCGCAUCACUUGUCAAAGCCAUGGACCCUGGAACCUACAUCGCCGUGGCCGAGAUCGCCUUUCGCACCGCCUCCUUUGCAGUCCGAACUUUCCGCAACGGGCUCAACUUCAGCAAGGAUGCAGAACAGCUGGUCCUCCGCUUCGAGCUGGAACGCUUCCGACUACAGCUAUGGGGAGAGAAUUCUGGUCUAGUACCUGUGCCAGGGUCCGGCGAUAGACCAAAACUACCACCUCGUCUGGAGCCCCUGUGCGAGGUGUUAAAAAACCAGCUCGAGGAGAUCGCCGGUCUCUUCUGCCAGCACGGAACGCUGAGUGAAAGAUAUGGGCUGGCGAGGACUGAGGAGGCCCCGACAAAGUCUGAAAGGGUUGCUGAUUUGGUGCAGCGGAUGCAAAAAUCAUUCUCACCUCGGAGGGCCGGCUUGAUCAAGGAUGAAGAUGAGGAAAUCGAGGUAGAAGAGAUAGAGACAAGUCUACAAAGACUGGAUACUGGUAACUCAAGUAGACCAUCUUCUGGCUCGAUCAGGAUGACGACGUCAGCAUGGAAAAAGAUCCGCUGGUCAAUCCUAGACCUCAAAAGGUUCGAGGCACUAGUCUCGAACCUCUCUUCGAGAGUAUCGACCUUGAACCAGCUGCUCACCGAGGCCUCGCAGCAGCGAAAGGCCCAGGAGAACGACUCGCGCAUCAAUAUCGUCCUCGUCGGGAGCGCAGUAGACCAAGAAUCGCUCAACCUGCUACGCGCCGCCGUCAGCGGCUACCCAGACACUUCGCAGGCCCGCCUCGGCGUCGAGCGCAAGGCCAUCUCGGCCGACAUUCCCUGGCUGCCGCCCAUGCCUGCACUCCCACCUGCACCAUCCCAGCGGAGAGGUCUCAGGCUUGCCGACUUCAACCUCCCACGGGAAUACGAGCCCGGCACGGCACCUGCGCGGUUCUUGGCUGCCAAGAAAUCACCCCAACCUGACGAAGACGGCCUCUUCCUCUUCGAGAAGAAAGUGUAUGAUCGAGGCAUCAAGCCAGACGAUAAGCGCAAGCUCACAGAACGGAUCCAGCGUCUGGUGUUGCUGCUGAGCAAACCCAAGAGCCCGACGUUCUUGACCCUGGAGGCCGAGGGCUGCAUCCAGGACCCAGAGCACUACUGCUGGUGGCUCGUCUUCCGCUACCCCUCGCCGUUGUUGCCCUCACCCACAAACCAGCCCGGCCACCGCACGCAAGGCCCCGUAUCCCUAGCGGCGCUCCUCGACCCGCGCACAAGGUUCCGCCCGCCACUGGAGCAGCGUUACAUGCUCGCCUCGCGCAUCACUGGCACCUUUUCCGAGCUCUUCUCCUCGAGCUGGCUGCACAAGGGGAUACGCAGCGACAACAUGGCGUUCCCCACACUGGCGUCAUCCUCGUCGUCCUCUCUGACCAUCGACGCUGCUCAGCUCUCCAGCAUCGGCGGCACCAACGCCGUGCUGUCCUCCCUCGUCGUGUGCGGCUUCGACUACUCCCGGCAGGAAAGCGAGGCCGCGACCAUCGACCAGGCCCGGUCGUCGGGCGACGUGGCGACGGCCAUGUACCGGCACCCGCGCUACCAGGGCGCCGCCGCGCAGGGCUACCGGCUCGAGUACGACCUGUACUCUCUGGGCUUGGUGCUGCUCGAGAUUGCGCUGUGGAGGCCGCUGGCGAGCUUUCUGGAGGGCAAGCCGGCGUGUGCGCCGGCGCAGAAUGCGGGCAAGAGUAUCUUCGCCGCGGCUGCUGCGGCGGGCGGUGGUCCGAGGGAGGAGGUGCGGCUGUCGAGGGACAUGAAGCUGUUUCAUAGGCCACAUGCGCUGCUGCUCAAGAAGAUGGUGCUGCGGCAUGUUGAUUCGGAGCUGGCUUUUCGUGUCGGGUCGCCGUAUCACCGUGCUGUUGUGUAUUGUCUCAAGGCGGCGGAUGUGUAUGAUGAUGAGAAUGGCGAUGUGGAAAGGUUCAGUGAUGAGGAGGAUCUGGCGUCGCAUCCUGCUCUGGAGUUUUAUAACCAGGUAGUCGUUCCUUUGGCGCGGUUGUCUGCUGCCACGGCAGAAAGUGGGUGAUUCGGGAGUGUGGUUUGCUAGCGUUUACCAAGGAUAGGAUCGCUCAACCAAGGCAGGUUUUCUUUUGGAUUCUUGGAUUCUCACAUGUAAAGCAUAAUUCAGUGGCCAAAUAAAGCGGUUGAUGUAUGGAAUCAAGUCAUUCUUAUCUACAA